AUGAAUAAGGCUGGUGCACAAGGACGCAGUGACGACACCAACACCAUCAAAGGCCGGAUCCUCAGAUUCAUUCCAAAGCUCCUCAAUGCUGGCCUUGUCCCUCCGCUCUCUGAAGUCACAAAGACUGGAAGAGGGUUUGAUCACCCCCAAACAGCAUUCUAUCUGAUGCCUGCAUGCUGGGUCAGUGAAUGGAAAAAAGAUGCUGAUGGAACCUUUUGCAAACUGAAAGAUGGACAGCUGAGCAUCAGCGCGGAUCUGAUGCCGGCAUUCAUGUACCAAGAUCCCGAUUUGUAUAAUUGCCUCCAGCCAUAUGAAAGAUUUGCGCAUGGGCAUAUUCUCAUCCACCGCAUGACGCCAAUGCUAAUUGCUUACGCUGCCGCACAUACACAAUUUGCCCUGAGCUCGACAAAGAGCUGGGACACCGAGGGCAGUGAUGGCUUCAAUUACCGUGCAUUUGUCGACAAUAUCAUUGCUGCAUUCGAGAAUGAUCCAGACUGGGCCAAGGACACUCUUCAAUAUUGGAACAAGCAUGUAGUCUCUUUUUUUAUACCUGCCUGA